AUGGCAAGCAAACAUUCCAGCAAUGAAGCUAUUCUACGAAAUGAUGAGGAGCUGAGGAUUGUCAUGGUGGGGAAGACUGGAAUUGGGAAGAGUGCCACAGGAAACACCAUUCUUGGGCGUAACUGCUUUGAAUCAAAGUUCAGCGCCACGUCUAUGACUGAUGAGUGCUCUAAGGGCAAUGCUGAAGUGGAUGGACAAAAGGUUUCUGUUAUUGACACCCCAGGUCUCUUUGACACCAGGUGGGCCCAGGAUAAAACACAUAAAGACAUAAUCCAGUGCAUCUCCUAUUCUUCUCCUGGACCCCAUGUCUUCCUGGUUGUCGUCAGGCUGGGCAGAUUCACAGAAGAGGAAAAGCAGACAGUGCAAAAGAUCCAAGAAAUAUUUGGCCAGGAUGCAGACAAAUACAGCAUGGUUCUCUUUACUCAUGGUGACCUUCUUAAAAACACCACUACUGAGGAGUUCAUGAAGGAGAGCCCAGACCUGCAGCAACUUGUGGCCAGGUGCAAUGGUCAGUACCAUGUCUUUAAUAAUGAUCUGGAGAAUCGCUCGCAGGUCACCGAGCUGCUUAAGAAGAUCAGAACCAUAGUCCAGAAGAACGGAGGAAGCCACUACACCAAUGAGAUGUACCAAGAGGCAGAAAGGGUCAUCGAAGAGGAGAAACAACGCAUACUGAAAGAGAAAGAGGAGCAAAUAUGCAAAGAGAGAAAAGAACUGGAGAAGAAACUACAAGCUGAAUAUGAAGAAAAGCUUCGAAAUGUAAUGGAGAAAUUCCUGGCUGAAAGAAAGGAAAAGGAAAAGAAAGUGAAGGAGAUAGAAGGGGAUGAGGAAAAGAGAGACAAUGAGGGGGCGGAGGGGGGUGAAAAGGAAAACAAAAAGAAACGGGAGGAGAGUAAGAGAGAAGAGAAAAUAAAGAGACAGAAGGAACAGAAGGAGAAGCAAAUAAGGGAAAAGAAAGACAAAGAGUUGAAGAAGGAACAGGAGAAGAUUUUAGAGGAACAGCAAAAGCAACGAAACAAGCUGGAGGAAAACAAUCAAACUUUGGCCAGACGAGAAGCUGAGAAAAAUGUUUUGCAAAGACUCAUAAAGUCAUGUAGGAAUACCAGGUAA